AUGGAGCCCAUCUACCCCCCCUUAACACCACCCCUCAGUAACGGCAACAGCAAUGGCGUCGCAUUCCCCAGCCAUCCACGUGACAACGACCCACUCCGUGUUGACGACGAUCCGGGGAAAGAGGCUCCGGCGCUGGCGCCCGUGCAUUCGCAGCAGCUCCCAGCCAGCUGCUCCACGCCGACCUCACUUCUGAAGCCGCCCCAUCUCCUCUACUCCCCAACCCAGCGCGAAAUCGACUCCCAUCCUAUCCGACAGCGCUUAUCUCUGUCCCGCGAUCCUGUUUGCUCUGGUUUGGGUACUGCGCUGCUGACACAUCAAACGUACGCGAGAGUGACUGAGAGCGAGGAGGCAGACUUGCGCCAAGCGGAAGAGGGCUCGAAGCAGGAACUCCCCGACGAUAAUAUGUCGGAUAACAACAAUGUCGAGAAAGGCGACGAAGUGUCGUACCAAUGGUCCGGUGGCCGUCCCGGCGGUACUGUGACGGACAAGGCGACCGAGGGCGCCGUGACGAUGGAGACCAAGCGUGGUAAUGAGGUCAAGAAGGGCGGGGACGAGGAGAACCCUGCGCUGUACAUCUCGCGGGACGAGGGACAUGACGUCGUGAAGAAGGCGUCGGAAGUCGACAUUGAAGAGAAAGGCGACGGCGAUAAGGGUGGCGACGAGAAAGAAGAAGGCGCUGAAGAAGAGGAGAAGGAAGAGAACGGCGACGCCAAGACCGGCGAGAAGCGCUCCGCUGAAGAAACGAGCGAGGAGAAAAAGGACGAGGAAGAAGGCGAGAGCAAGGCCAACAAGAAGCAGAAGACUUCCGCCGAGCCGAAGGCGAACGGCGAGCAGCAGCCGAAGAAGAAGGGGCGGCCGGCGAAGAACGCUAAUGGUGGUGGUGCUGGUGGCGCGAAGAAGGAGACGAAGAAGAAGGAGCCGAAGAAGGCGGCGACGGAGACGGGGGAGCCGCGUCGCUCGGGGCGCAAUAGGUCUUAG